UUAUUAUUGUUUUGGAUACCAACGAAAGGAUCAAACUAAGGCCAGUCAAGUCAGUCGGUGUCUGCGUCCCCGUGUGUCUCUGUGAGUGAGUACAAAUGAAUGAGUGAGUGACAAUUAAAAUUCACAAAAAUCAAAUGGAUUAAGUACAGUGUGUGAGUGAAGAUACAUACUGGGACCAUACCCACUGACUAUCAGUGCAAAUAAAUCAUUGGAUUAAAUUAACAACAAAUAAACAAAAAAUAAAUAAUAAUAAUAAAAAAAAAGGGCUGGUUGCGCGUCGUCAUUGCUCGUCGUUGAGUUUGUGUUGAGUGGCGCGGCCCCCGUUUUUUUGCUCACUCUUCAGUGCUCCGAAAUAAUAAAAAAAAAAAUAAAUAAUAGUAGAAAAAACAUCUACAAAUAAUAUAAAGACAAUAACUAUAUACAAAUUAUCAAAUUUAAUAACAAUACAAGAUAAGACAUUCAAAACAAAAUAAAAAAAAAAACAAACAUUCUAGUUAUUUUUAAAAUUAAAUAAAAAAUAAAAUAGUGUGUUCAAUUAUUGUGCGUGUGUGUUUUUACAAGUGUGUAUAUAUGUUUAAUAUAUAUAAUAAAAAUAAAUAAAUAAAAAAUAUUUUAUAUUAUUUUUAUUUUGGAUAAUAGGGCCUCGUCAAAAUGGCAGACAGGCGGUUCGCGGAGGAAGCCGCGGCCACCGACCUGUGUGACGAUAGUCGCGUGCCGCGUGAACGACACAAAAAACGCAUGUUAGAUCAUCAUGAUUCUCAUAUCAUGCAUAAUAAUAAUAAUGAUAAUUUAGAUGUUAAUGAUACAACAUCAUCAUCGAAUCUUGGUAGUUGUGGUGACGGUGAUGAUGGUGGUGAUAGUGAAAUAUCAUCUUGUUCAAGUGAUGACUGUCAUAAUAAUAAUAAUAAUAAUAAUAAUAAAAUUGAUGUGUUCAAUAUUGAUUAUUCUGAAAUUAAAAAAAUAUUUAAAAAAUCAUCAUCAUCAACAACAACAACAACAACAACAACAAAAACAUUGGAUGAAAAUAGUAUUGUUAAAUCAGAAUGUGAUAUUAUUAAAAAUGUGUUUAAAGAAAGAAAAAAUAAAAUAAAACCAGUAAUGGUUAAUUUUAGUGAUAGUAUUGAUUGUGAUGAAGAUGACGGUGAUGAUGGUGAUAAUGACGACGAUGAUGAUGACGAUGAUGAUGUUGAUGUUGAUUUUAAAUCAAAAGCAACAGUGGUUGAUUCAGCAGCAGCUGCUGUUGCUGUAUCAGCAAUACCAGAAGCAAUAAAAGAUAUGAAAAUUAAAAAAUUAACAUCAUCAACAAUUAAAUGUAAUAAUAAAUCAAUUAAAAGACGUUGUGAUGAUGAUGACGAUGAUGAUGACGAUGAUGUUGUUGCUAUGCUUGCUACAUCAUACAAAGGAAAGAUUAGAAGUGCCAAUGAUAGUCUUGUUGGACCCUGCGGAAAGAAGCGAUGCGCCGAUCGAUAUGACAGCUCCGAAAGCUCCGACAGUGGUGUUGCUGUAUCAUGUGGUGAUUGUAGUAGUAGUGGAACAAGUGAUAUAACUGAACCAGGUUCACCGUGUAGUACAAGUAGUAGUGACGAGGGUGUUGCUAUUAAUCGUGCUAAAUCAAAAAGUCCAUUACCAUCAUUACCAAAACUGGCGCCACCCACAACAAGUACCCACAAUGGGACCAGGCCCCAGUGGCCCUGGACCCCACCACUAGCUGCAACAGCAUGUACAACAAAUUAUAAAAAUAAUACAACAAGAAAUAAUGAACCAGAAAUUGGUACAUUACCAAAAUCUGGUGCUGCUGAUCCAUCAGUUAGAAUUAAUAAUAAUAAAACAUCUAAAUUACAAAAUCAUCACGAUACACAAGGAAAAAUAACUGAAUAUUUUAAAACACAAAUUAAACCACAACAACCCAAGAUUAAAAAGACAUCAACUGAAAUGUCUGUAUUAAUUGCUAAAAAUUCACCAGAAUUUCGUCGACCACAAACUGUUCAAAGAAAUAAAAAUGGUUUAGCUAAAUAUUUAAAUGUUGUAUUACCAAAUAGUCGAAGAAUUGAUAAUUGGAAUGUUAAAAAAAUAUCAUCACCACCAACAAUAACAACAACAACAGCUACAAAAACAUUAACACCACCAGCUCCACCACCAACACCAGCAACAACAACACCAUCGCCAACAACAACAACAACAACAACAGCAUCAAUAAAUGUUAAAAAAUUAACAUCAGCAAAUACACCACGUGUAACUGUAACAAAACUUGAUAAAAAAUUAAUAUCAAAAGCAUUACCAGGAUUGCCAAUAUCAAGUGAUGUUUUAUCAAGUAUAACUGGUUGUAAAAUAUCAUCAUUAAGACUGACAAAUGAAGCAAGUCCAAAGGCAACAAUUAUUGAGCCAUCUUCAACUCCAACAGUUGUUAAUAACAAUAAUAACAAUAACAACAAUAAUAAUAAUAGUAAUAGUUAUAAUAAUAAUGAGCCUGUGGGAAUUGAUUUUACUUCAUUUCAUAAAAAAUCAAUUGUCAAUGAAAAUAAUAAUAAUAUAACAUCAACAAAUCAUGCAAGGACAAAUGGACAACAAAAUUCAUUAUCAAGGUUAUCAUCUUCUGGAAUUUUAAAUGCAAAAACAUUGCCAACAACAACAACAACGACGACAACAACGACGUCUAGAAGACUGGAUGAUGAUUAUGAGGAAGAAGAAGAAGAUGAAUCAUCAAGAAGUAGUGAAUCAAAACCAUCAUCAAUAUCACCAAUAUUAACAGCACCAACAACUAUAAGAUUUCCAGCUAGAGUACCAACUAAAAAUAACAGAACAACAAAUGACAGUGGCAUAUGUCGAUGGGAUAAAUGUGAUAUUAAUUUCGAAUGUAAUAUAACUCUUCUUGAACAUUUACAAAAUGCUCAUAUAAAUUCACAAACUGGUGGAGAUAAUUUUGUUUGUCAAUGGCAAGGAUGCAAAGUUCAAGGCAGAUCAUCAUGCUCAAGAAGAUGGCUAGAAAGACAUGUAUUAUCACACGGUGGAAAUAAACCAUUUAGAUGCAUCGUUGAUGGUUGUGGCAGUAGUUUCAAUUCACAGCCUGCUUUAGAAAGACAUGUCAACAAUCACUUCAAUCAAUCAGAAACAAGUAGCAGCAGUAGUAGAAAAAGUUGUGAGAAUGGAAAACUCGUUCGGAGAAAUGGAAAAAAAUUGAGAUACAGAAGACAACCAUGGUCGGCGAGAUUAUUUGAUUAUAUUGAUACCGGUGUUAUGGAGGGUCUACAGCAUCGAUUAUUAGAAAUAGCAAAAACCAGAACACAAGGAAAACUUGCUGAAACACCUGGUGAUUCAAUAGCCUUAACUAGUCAAAUUUUAGCAAAAAGAGUUGAAAUGGAUGGAAAAACAAAGGUGCUUUUACGAUGGUAUCCACGAGACAUUGAACCGGACGAGUGGGUUGCCGAGUCACAAGUACAAAUGACUAAAAAUAUAAAUAUAAGAAAAGCUGCGUCUGUAUCAACAGAUGAAAUGAGUUUAAUACUUCAUCCAGCAUUACACGGGGGUAAACCAUCGCCAAUACGAAUAAAACAACGACGAAAACCAGUUAAAAAUUCGUGAGAGUGCCAAUAAAUUAUUUCAUCACCAGAAUGUUGUCAUCAUUCAUCAGUUUAAUCGAUUUAAACACACACAAAUAAAAACAACAACAUCAUCAUCAUCAUUAUCAUCUAAGAAUAAUUAAGUCUCGACGCAUUUAUAAAUUUAAUUUUUAAAACAAAUUAUCAAGUCAGCAAAAUAUACAUCGCUUCGAUAUUAAAAAUAAGUGAAGAAAAAAAAAUUAAAAAGCCAAUAACAUCAUGAAGAGUUAAACAACAAACAACUUUAUCAUCGUCGUCUUCGUCGUCGUCGUCGUUGUUAAAAAAGUUGAGCAAUAUUUUGUCUAAUAUUGUUUAGUAGAAAAAAAAAUGCCUGGAGUGAGUUUAAUAGGGUCGAAUAUAAUUAUCAAAUGAUAGUUUUUUGAAAAAAAAUUAAUAAUUAAUCAUAGUACACUUGACAUUGAGCAGGUUUCUCAUCACCAUGUCUGUGAUUUUGUAAAUAGUCAAUUAAUCUCAAUAAAAUUAUUUUUAAAAAGUAUCAUAAACAAUCCGAAAAAAGUGCCUCAAAGUAUAGAAAAAUUUGUAGCAUUUGCCAAUGACUGACUUGACUUGAAAUAUAUUUAAUAAUACUUGGACAGUUUGAUAAUAUUAUCUAAGUCGAAUUAUUAGUAAAUAAUAUGCAAUUGUUUUUUGAAAAGUAAAAAUACAUUUUUGGAUAAAAAAAAAUUUAAAGUUAAAAAAAAAAAUAGAUAAUCUUAUGAUAUACUUAUUGAUUACUUAUUAAUUAUUAAGUCUUGUAAUGAUUAUAGUAAAAUAAAAAAUCACUCUGGUGGCCUUACCAAUUGGUUUUUGAUACUUUUAAAAAAUUGAUAAGAGAAAUUAUCAAUGUGAUUUGUUUGAACAAAUAAUUUACAUGAUAAUUUUUUGAUAAUAUUGAGAUUAUUGAUGAAAUUUACAAUGUAAAUUUAAUACAAAAAAAUUAUAUUUUUAUUCAAUAAUUCGACGAGGCAUAGAAAAUAUGAGGCUUUUUUCUUUUUUUUUUUUUGCUCAAUUUGUUGUCUUUGAUUUAAAUAUUUUUUUCUAAUUUUUUUUCUUUCCAAUUAAAUCAGCAUAAUAGCACACUAUUCCAAAGUAUUAGAAAAAAAAAAAAAAAGAAAAUUUACAUUAAAUAAUUAUUUGACUAAAUUUUAACUCAAAAUAAUUUUGCUCAAUAAUUGAAAUUUUUCAUAAUUUAAAUUCUUUUUCUUGAUAAUUUAUUGAUGUAUUUUUUUAUUUUAAAAAUAUCGUUUUGUGCUGUAUGACUUGACAACUAAUCGAUGAGCUAAAUCCAUAAAUAUGGGUUAAAUUACAAAGGCUGUGUUUUCACAUAUUUCCACGCCUCGUGCUGUUUAGUUUAAAUAAAAGAAAAAAAAAAAAAUAUUAUAAAAACAGAAAUGACCGGGUGGGAAUAAUGUAUUUCGAUUUAAUUGCAAAAAUGAAAAAUAAUAAUUAUAAUAAUUCGAAGAUACAAUCAUGAAUGAUCUAAGAAAAUAAUUAAAUAAUAAUAAAAAAUGCAAGUUAGUUUUGUUUGAAUAUAAAAAAAAAGAUGAUAAAUAAUUAAUUGUAAAAAUACAAAGUAAAAGAUUAAACAUAAAGCUAAGAUAAAAUAAAAAAAAAGAAGAAGAAAAAGAAGUUAAAUGAUAAGAUAGAUAAUGUAAGAAUGAAUGUUUUGUAAAUUGAAUGUUAUGAUGGUCGUCGGAAUAGGGUAAUUGUUAGAAAUGACAAUAUCCAAAUUGACAUAUAUAUUUGACACAUUCACAACAGCUAUAAAUACACUGCCAAUAUGUGUUAUUUGAAAUUAACUUAUUAGUUGAUUUAUUCAUUAUUUUAUUAUGAAUUUAUCGUAAUAAUUUAAUAUUUGUUUAGUAAUAAUAAUGUAAUUUAAAGUUUAUUGUAGAUUUGCAUCAAGUUGCUCAUUUGUCACACGUUUUAUCGUUAAAUUAUUAAUAAUUCGUAAAUAUAUUUCAAUUGAUAACGUGUCUGACUUUAAAUAAUUGUAACUUGCGGUAAUUUUUUUUUUAUUUUGUAAAUAGAUAGUUCAAUUUUAUUGAUUAUUAGCUUUAAUAAUUAGUGCAUUUAAUUCGUUGUAUUUAAAUAUAAUUUUGUUUAUAAUUUUUCUUUUUUUUUUUUUUUUUUUAUAUACGCACAAUUUUAUAUGAAUAUUCAACAAUUAGUUGAUUUAUUUUCAUUUGUAAUUUCACUGCCAAACACAGCACUGCCUAAAUAAUUUUUAGAUUUGAAAUUAAAAAAAAACUUUUUUUAUUUUUUUUUUUCGUGUAAAAGUGAUUUGCAAAAGUAUUUUUGAAAAUUUUUUUUUCCUUAUGUUUUUUAUUUAUAAAUUUAUUACUGCCAUAACGUGACUAUUUUUUUUCACAUUAGUAAUAAUUUAGAGCAAUUUAAAUUGACACUGCCAAUAGUCGUUGAAUAAAUUAUCUGUGAACAAAAGUGGCCGAAUUAAAUUAAACUUGUGUUCAUUUUUUUUUAUUUUAAGAAAUUAAAUUUAUCCUUUCCUUGAUACAUAUUGUGUUUGUUAUUAUUAUUUUUGUUUAUUUGUUAAUGAAGCAUUUUGAGAAAGGUCUGUCAACUUGUCAUAGAUAAAUUUAUUAUUAUUUUUGUGAUAAAUUGUCAUUUAAUUAACUUCAAUUGACUGUUUUUUUAUUGAAAACAAAUGGGACCAAUUUUAAACUAACAAAUUUCGAAAUAUUGACUUUGACUUUUAAUUAUUUUUUUUUUUUUUUAUUAGUAAAAUGAUAAAACUCGUUAGAAAUAUAUUAUAUAAAAUUAUUUAAUUAAAAUCUUAGACUGACGACUUAAAAAUUACGUAAAUAAAUUUUAGAAAAUUUUUAGUUUUAAUUAUAAAGAUAAUAGUUUUUUUUAUUUAUUAUUUUUAAAUUUACACGAUGAAAUUGUCGUUGUUUUUAAAAUAAAAGAAUAAAAUUUAAUUUAUAUGUGUAAAAAAUAAAUAAUUCAUGAAGACUGUAAUUGGAUUUCAUGCACCGUGAAAUUCGUUGAGCGUUAUAAAAUUUAAUUGAGAUAUUUUAUUACAAUUGACUGCGAUUUUUUAUUAUUUUGACGAUAGUCAAUGACAGUCCUUUCUCACAAUAUCGUCACAAUUAUAUUUUUCCAAAACAACAAAAUUCUCAUUGCUUUAUAAUAUUAUUAAAUUAUUAUUUUGCCUUUCUUUUAUUUUAUUUAUUUUUUUUUUUUUGUAAUUGUUACAAGUUAUUCAUGCUCCUAGCAAUCACAAAAAAAAAAAAAAAAAGAAAUUCAGUUUGACUGUAACACUGUGUAUUCAAACAGAAAUGUAUUGUACAAUAUUAAUAAAUUAGCAUAUUCAUUAAAUUUAUUAUCGAGCGAAUGAAUUUAUCAAUUUAAGAUUUUAUAUUAAUUUUAAUAAAUGGACUAAUUUAGUCCAGGUAUAACGAAAGAAUAUAUAAAUAAAAAAAAAAAAAUACAUAAAUAUAUUAUAUAUGCAGAGUCGUUAUAUUAUGUCACUGCCAAACAAAAUGACUAUUUUAAUUUUAAUCUGUUCGUAAUAAUUAACUCUUCAAUAAUCAUUUAUUUUUAUCCAAAUGAAAAAUAUUAAUAAACACGAACCAUAUUUAAAAAUAAAUAACAAAAAAACCAACAAAAAACGACCAUAAUACAUUUUUUUUUAAAAUAAUAAAAACUGUAAAUAAAACAAUUUAAUAAAAAUAUAAAUAUUUAAAACAACUGCGUGCACAUUUAAUGACAAAGAAAAAAUAUAUAUUCAAAUAAAUAAUAACGGAAAUAUAAUAAAAUAAUAAUAUAAAUCCGUAUUUUUGCAAAAAUAAUAAAUACAAAUUUUUUGGCCCAAAUAUCAAAGUUCGAAUAACGAAUGUUUGAAAAUGAAUGAUUGAAAUUUUAUUAUAGAUUUUUAUUUAUUUAAAAAUAUAUAAGUAUAUUGUUUAUUAAAUAAAAAUAAAAAAAUAAUUUCUUUUUUUCUUUAUUCAUUUUUUUUCUACCUAUUUUUUUUUACUUUUAAAUAUUUUUCUUUUUUCUUUAAAUUAAUUAUCAGCAUUUAUUUGAAUAAUGUAUAAAUUGAUGAAUGAAAAUGUAAUUAAAUAAAUGAGAUAUAAUCAAUGCAAAUUAAAUAAUAAUAAAUAUAUAAAAAUAAAAAUAAAUGGGCUUAAUAUUUUUCGAAAUAUAUCGAUUAUUUCGAAAUAUAUUUUUUCGAUAUAAAAUCAGAUUAAUAUUUAAUAAUUCAAAUCCCAUUAAUAUGUAUAAUGUAUAUAUAAUAAAAAUAAUAAUAAUAAUAACUGGUAUAACUAUUGCGUGAAUUAUUAAAAAAUAAAAUUAAAAAAAAAAAAAUUAAACGUGGAGUCGUGAUGAAUUAUAGCUAUAUUAAAUAAAUGGUGUUUGCAUUUAUUAUAAAUUUUAUGUAGAGUGCGAGAUAAUGAUUUAAAAAACAAAAAAAGUAUAAAUAUAAAUAUAUUAAAAUAUAUGAGGUUUUUUUGAGUAAUAAGUGUAUCAAAAGAGAAAAAAAAAACAAAAAGUAAUAAUAAUAAUAUAAAAUGACAAAAAGUAAAAUUUCUAAAUAAUUAAAUAAAUAAUAAUAAUUAAUAAUUGGGUAUUCGCGAUAAUGGAUGAAUUGGACACGUGGUUUCGAUCAUCAUGAUGACCAUUGUAUAAUAUUAAAUUCAAUCGUGAAUUUAAUAUGAAAAAUAUUUGUCUAUAAAAUACUAUUAUUAUUUUUAUUUGUUUAAUAAUCAAUCCAAAUUUGUGUAUAUUUUAGAAACUGUCGAGAAAAAGCCUGCAUAUUAUGUCAUAGAAAAUAGCAAUGUAUAUUUAAACUAUUGUAUUAAAACAACAAUUUUAUUAAAAUACAAAAAAAAAAAAGAAAAAAAUAAUAUUAUUUUUAUUUUGUUUAAUUUGAUUUUGUUUAUUUUUUAUUUUUUAUAAUUUUGUUUGGAGAUUGUUAUAACGUGUUAUUAAUUAAUUAUAAUGUUUGGAUUUUAUAUUUAUUUUCUUUUUGUUUUUGAAAUUAUUUUUCAUUUUAGUUUAUAAUUUUUUAAUUGAUAAUUCAUAUUGUUGUGUAAUGAACACGUUCCUUUUUCCUGAAUCGCGAAUUCCCGAUGAUUAGAUGAAAUAUUUGUAAGUUAAUAAUUGUCUAUGAAAUAUUAUUGUAAGUGCAAAAAGAUUAUUGAUAAAUUAACUAUAAAUAGUAGAAAUUAAAUAAUUAAAAUUAUUUGUUAUUUGAAUUUAAUAAUAAAUUAUCGUUUUUAGUUUUUUAAAUUAUAGUCAAAUUUUUAUUGAGAAUUAAAAUCAUUUUUUUAAUUUAUUAGUUUUAUUUUUAUAAUUAAAUUAGCUUUUUUAUUUAUUCUAAAUGAAAUAAACAUUGACAAUUUUAUUUGCGAAUAAAAUCAUUUUUUUAGUUUUAUUUUAAAAGUUUUUAAAAAUAAUGUUUUCUUUAUUUUUAAAUUCAAAUAUUCUAAACUAUAGCUUUAUAAUUUUUUAAAUUACGUUUUUCUUUUUUUUUUUAAAUAAAAUCAGCUUGUAAAAUUAUUCCUAAACUAGAUUUUUAUAUUUUCAAUUUUCAUUUAAUUUUGAAACUCUUAAAAUUCAGCUUAACUUUCAUCAAAUUAAUAUAUUACUAUUUAAUUGAUUUGUUGAAAAAAAAUAAAAAAUAGAUUAAUUAGCAUAAAUCUUUUGCACCAAAAAUAAGUUAAAAAAAAUAAUUACACAUACUCAAUUAUAAAAAACAAUAUAUGUAUUGAUAAUUUUAAAUGUUAUAAGAAGUGAUGCUAUGAGUGUUUGCAUUCGUUUAUAUUUUCGGUAUAAAAUAUUAUCGAAAAGACUUCACAUAUUGUACCAUUAACUACUGUAACAUUCUUUAUAUAAAAAAAAAAAAAAAAAAACAAAAUUGACUAAAUAAUAAACAAGCAAUUUCACUGAAAAUAAAUAAAUUAAAAUUCAACAUUUAAAUUCAAUAGUUAAUUUAAUUAUCAAAUAAAAAAAAUAUAUAAAAAAUAACAGUCAACUGUUGGAAUGUUCAAAAUUUUAUAAAAUAAUAAAAUUCGUAUAAAAAAAGAUCAACAAACUCGUGGAGCCUUUGAUGAAUCAUGUUAACUUUUUUGAAAAAAAAAAAAAAUUAAAAUUCUCACAUCAAUUCAUUCGCGUUGAAAUUGAAAAAAAUAAAAUAAUUUAAAAUCAAAACAAUAAUAAUAUUAUAAACAAUCUAUCUAAUAAAUAAGCAAAUCAAUUUUAAAACUUUAAACAAUUUAGAAAAAAAAAACAAAAGUAUUUCCUAGUGUUAUUUAAAUUUUGUAAAUUUAUAAUUUAACUUGUUCAAUUUGCUUGUUAAAUAUUAGUCAAAUUUGUUUGUAAAAAAAGAAAAAAAAUUAAAAACAAUAUAUAAGUGUGCGAGAGAAAAAAAAGAGAGAGAGAGAGUAUCACCAUUGUCAUCAUAUCAUAAAAAUAUAAAUAGCAAAGUUGAGUUGAGUUGAAUGGUCAAUGCUUGAUGAUGGAAUUACGAGUUUAAUUUCUUGCUCUCGUAUUUGCCCUCUUGAUUUUUCAUCUCUUGUGAUGUUGUUGCAUUUAUCCAUCUCACUUGCCCACCUCAACAGACAUUUACAGUUAAGGACACGUCGUGCUUGUUGAUGCUGCAAGUGCACGCCAAUUCUUACCGCAAUAAAAUUAAAAAUCACCGUUGCAAUGGAGACAAUUAAAUAUAUAUAUAUACGCGAACCGUUGGGAUAUAUUGACCCCCGUAAUUCCAUAAUUUAAUUGCUCGGAAUUUAAGUUUAUUACAAUUAAACUUGUUCUUAACAUUGUUUUACAUUUUUUUAAAUUUUUUUUCUUGCAAUCUUUAUACUGUAUCUACACACAACAAUAUCAACAUCAAUAGAUAAAUUUUCUUUAACGAUUUGAUAAAUUUUACGGAUCGAUUAAUAAACAAAACAAAUCCCUAAUAAUUUUUUUUUUAUUUUAUUUUCUAUACGUGCCACAGUGGACAAUUAAAACAACCGAAAGUUUUUUUUUGUUUUUGUUCUGGACCUUUUUCUAUUGGGACUUUUUUUAUUGGACCUCCGAGAAUCAUCAUUAUUACCAAUU